AUGGAAGAGGUCGCGCUAGAUAAGAUCCCCGAGGUCGAUGCGAACGGUAACCCACAGCUGGUCGCGGUGGAUCAAGGCCAGUAUUUUCCAUUUUCGGUCGAUCCCGAGACUGGCACCGUGGAUGCGCCCGGGCAGGAUGUCAAGCUUCUCAAUAUGCUCGCUCGAUGGACUAAAAUGAUGCCACCGAAAGCCCCGUUCCCGCCACCACCACAUAUUGUGCAGACAACGUUGAGCAAAAAUGUGCAGAUGGCAAAAGAUUCGGGCAACGCGAGCUACCGUACUAAGGACUGGCCGUCGGCGAUCAAGCAUUACACUAUGGGCAUCGCCAUGGCGACGACCCGUCCGUUGUGGGAGGCGAGCGAGUUGACGAGUGAUGAGCUUACGACACUGCUGGCUAACCGUAGUGCGGCAUUUAAUGGCGCUGAAGCCUACGUCGAGGCACUGUGCGAUGCGGACGCGGUGGUAAAGAUCCGUAAACCGUGGAGCAAGGGUCACUUUCGCAAGGGGCAAGCGCUCACAGGUCUGAAACGCUACGAAGAAGCGCGUGCGGCGUACAUGCUCGGUCAGCAAUUUGAGCCGGAUAAUGAAGAAUUUGCAAAAGCUAUUGCGGCACUCCCAAAGGCGUGA